UGCAGUUCGCGGUAAUUUUGACAGUUGUUAGUUGAUAUGAAAACUAAUGCGAGAAACGGAGAGCAAAGGAAUUAAAAAUUUCCAGCAUUAUCAUUUAUCACAUUAACUACCUAUCCAUAUUCAAAAACAGAGAGAAAUAAAAACAUAUUACAAAUUUACUUAGAUCAAACUAAGUAGACAAAAUGGGUUACAAUUUAUCCGAAGGAUCUCUUGAGAUAAUCAUGAAUGGUGGUAACUAUGACAAACCUGUCAUGCAAGUGUUGGGUAGUAAGAAAAUUCAAGGCAGUGGAGCGAACGAACGAUUCAGACUUCUUGUGUCUGAUGGGAAACACUCGCACAGCUUUGCCAUGCUCGCUACACAGCUCAAUGAUAAACUUAUUACAGGAGAAUUGUCAGACUACUCAGUUGUUCAGAUUGACCGUUUUGUCACAUCGCUAUUAAAAAACACUGGAAAGGGCGAAAAACGAGUUAUGAUUAUCCUUGAUAUUACAAUUAUUGCCCCUGGCUCUGAAGUAGGACAGAAGCUCGGUAACCCAACUACAUGGUCAGAAGAGUCCGCCAAACCAGCAGCAGUACAAAGUCCUAUGAGGCCUAUACAGAAACCAGCUCCAACACCAAGCAUGUCAACAAAUAUAAAUCAAACAAAUGCAGGACUGAACAGUAGCUUAUUGAAUCCACAAAUGACUCAUCCCAUCAAUAGUCUGAGCCCCUAUCAGAAUAAGUGGGUAAUAAAGGCACGUGUUAUGAGUAAAUCUGCCAUCCGCACUUGGAGCAAUGCAAAAGGUGAAGGGAAAUUAUUCAGUAUGGACCUUUGUGAUGAAACUGGAGAGAUUCGUGCAACAGCUUUCCGUAAUGAAGUUGAUAAGUUCUAUGAUAUGAUACAGGUUGACAAGGUAUAUUAUAUAAGUAAGUGCCAAUUGAAGACAGCUAACAAACAGUACACAUCCCUCAAAAAUGAUUAUGAAAUGACCUUCAAUUCAGACACAGUGGUUGCAGAAUGCACAGAGGACUCAUCAUCCGUUCCAUCAGUUAAAUAUGAUUUCACACCAAUCAGUGAGAUUGCUAAUAAGAGUCCUGAUACUUUAUUAGAUUUAAUUGGAGUGUGCAAAUCAGCAGCAGAUAUGCAAGAGCUGACUGCCCGAAACACUGGGAAGCAAUUGAAAAAGAGAGAAGUGACGCUCGUUGAUUCUUCUGGUGGUGCAGUUGUUUUAACACUCUGGGGGAACGAAGCAGAAACCUUUGAUGGCAGUUCAAACCCCGUGGUUGCCGCUAAAGGAGCUCGUCUCACAGAGUUCAACGGAAGCAAGUCAUUAUCGUGCCUUGCGAGUACAAUGUUGCGAUACAACCCAGACUUGCCAGAGGCACACAAGCUUAGAGGCUGGUACGAUAAUGGCGGCGCUAAUAUGGACAUUGUCAAUAUAUCAGCCAGAGCGGGCGGCUACUCCGGCGGCAGCGGUGAAUGGAUAACAUUCUCGGAAGCAGAAGCCAAGCAGCUCGGCUCCGGCAGCAAGGGCGACUACUUCAGCCUCCUCGGCGUGCUGACCUUCACGUUCGCAGACAACGCGGUGUACAAGGCGUGUCCGCAGGAACAGUGCAAUAAGAAGUUGGUGGACCAGGAGAACGGACAGUACCGCUGUGAGAAGUGCAAUAGGGAGUACCCUAAUUACAAGUAUCGCCUGCUUUUGGGGGCAAACGUUUCGGAUCCAACAGGCGAUCAGCGUAUAACUGCGUUCAACGAAACCGCCGAAGCAAUGUUGGGAAAGAGUUCUGCGGAAAUUGGACAGAUGUUCGAGUACAAUAAGAGCGCAUACGCGCGACUGUUCGAAGAUGUCAAGUUUAAAACGUUCGUGUUCAAGUUUCGAACUAAAAUGGAGGUUUACAGCGAUGAAGCUCGACUGAAGACAGUAGUGGUGAAUGCGCAGCCCGUGGACUACAAGGACGCGAACGCGAGACUCGUGCGCAGUAUCAGCGCACUCUGCAACGUCGGAAUUUAAUAAAAAUCUCUUCUGAAUUAAAAUCUAAACCUAAUGUAUCAAUACCUACCCGAUAAUCAAUAUAAAAAGUAUAAGGUUCACUUUUAAUUAAAAGGAAGAAAAAUACUGUUCCUUUAUAAACAAAACUAAAUAUAUGUAAAGGUCUAUUGAAAGUUCUAGACCUACUUGUGAUAAUUGCUUAUAAGUGAGACAACUAAGCGAUCUCAAAGCUCGCCAAUUUGUUUAUAGUGUAAAAUUAUGUUGUUUGUAUUUUUGUGUCGAGUCAUAAAACCAUGGUAAAUUCUUGUAUUAUUUGUGUUUAAUUUUUAUUAAAUAAUGAUUUGUA